UAAACCAAUCUUUACAAAAGUGAAAUUAAGGCAUAGAGCAGCCAUUCAUUUUGGAAUCUCAUCAUCUCCUCUUCUUCUUCUCUCUCACCCACAAACCCAAAACUCUCUACAAACCAAUACCAUCCCAUUCUGCACCUCUCUCAAUCAAUAUCCCCACUUUUUCCCUUCUCUUUUUCUUCCCCCUACUCAGGCUUAAACCUCAGUCCUUUUCUCUUUCUCUUUCUCACUCUCACUCUCUACCCCAACUAGUUUUUUUUUUUAAGCUCUUCCCUUUGAAUUUCCUAUCUGGGUUCCAAACACUUUGUGGUGCACAUGGGUCUUGCUGCACCUUUGGGACAAAUUGCAGGUUGAUAUGGGGUUCUUGAAUUGAUACAGGAUCCGGAGCAAGACAGUGCUGGAAGAUUUGGUGGACAAUCGGGCAAGAUAGCAAGAGUUUGACUGCAAGAACUUCUGCUUCAACCGGUCCAUGGAGGCCCGGAGGCUUGCCAUUCUCUGUUCGCAUCUCUGCCCAGUUAACUUGGGAAGUAGCCCAGCUCCUCUCUUAAAUCUUUCCUCUUCGAGCUGUGCUUCUGGAUCCAAGAGCGAGCACCUAAUUUAUGAUUCUCAAAAGGGCAGUCUGCAAGAUGACUGUGUUUUCUGCAAAAUUAUACGAGGCGAGGCACCUGCUUUUAAGCUCUAUGAUGAUGAUAGUUGCCUUUGUAUAUUAGACACAAAACCACUGAGUAAUGGGCACGCUCUAAUUAUACCAAAAUCUCAUUAUUCUUCGUUGGAAGCUACACCUCCUUCUGUGAUAGCUGCAAUGUGUUCGAAAGUUCCCAUCAUUAGCAAUGCAAUCAUGAAGUCUACUGGUAGUGAUUCGUUCAACUUAUUAGUUAACAAUGGUGUGGCUGCUGGUCAAGUUAUAUUCCAUACUCACAUUCACAUAAUUCCACGCAAGGCGAGGGAUUGCUUAUGGGCAUCUGAGAGUUUGGAGAGAAGAACACUAAAAUUUGAUGAGGAGGCAUCAAGGCUUGCAAAAAGUAUACAAGAAAUUUUACACUGCACUAAAGAGAAUGAUAGCAAGGUCCAGGAAUCAAACCUCACUGAGAAUUAGUAAUGUAAUUAGCCUGCUGUUACUAUUUUAGCUUUGUAUUAUUUUGUACCAUAUUCAUGUAUGUGAAUUACAGUUUAUUAUUCUUUUUGAGCACCAUACAUUUGGAUAAUUGAUGAACAAUAAGGAAGGAAAAAGAAAGGUUUGCUUGUAAAUCUGGUUGUAAAGUUCACUUCAUUUUGGGUGUGAUGCAAAAUUGACGAGAAUUCCAUUUGUUUUAAGAAGUUUAUUAUUUUCACUUGUUAAGUUGAUGAUCUAA